AUGGAAAGGAGAUGUGUGAAGGCGUUCGGUCUUGGUACGUUCCCAGAAGACAAUCUGCUCCUACCUUCUAUUACUGGAGGAAAGAUGUUAGACCACUCUUUGACGUCAUUCCAACACGUUCGACUUCCGGCCGAGGCAAUGCUUGGAGAUCUUGCAAUGCCCUCCAAUAUGCGUGAUCAAUAUCUUUCAGCUAUCAACCGCCUGGGAAAUGGAGCGUUGGCACUUAGUCUAUGGAUAAUUCCGUUUCUCAAGUGUGCCACGUUUGUUGUGGGCAAGUAUAGCCAGAGUCGAACAGUCCAGCAAGGAAUGCGGGGCGGACGUGUUCCAAUCAUCUCAUUCCGCACCCAACAACUGCCUAUUCUGCAUGCCUUGGCGCAAAUUGCUGUCAUGGAGGCUUUCGCGGAUUGGAUUACUGACCUUUAUAGCACUGAUGUAUCCCUUCAUCCUGCAGCUAAAGAUGGACUUGGGAAUGGCCAGGGAAGCUUGGCUAAUCUGAUUGAGAGAAGUGGUGCCCAAGGGGUGUAUCCACAUAAUCAGAUGGCAGCGUUCGAGUCAUUGACCCGUGCCACUGGAAUUGCGGAAGGGGAAAUUCAGGUUUUGUCUAUCCGCCUUGCUACAGAGCUUCUGAUCGACCGCUAUAAGAUCCCCGAAGCUACGAACCCGAAUUGUUUCUUGGCACAACACGAAUCAGGAAUCAGAGCUGAGCUUCAGGAGCUUCAGGCGAAUAUCAAAGACCACCGAAGUGCCGACUAUAAUAACUACAUUUUGCCUCACUGUCGAUCGAUGAUUCUGGCUAUUGGCCAACGCAUGGCAUACGAGGCUUCUACCGCUGCCGGUAUUGACCCCGCCCUAUUGGCACUUUACGAGGCUGGUGCUAUAAAAGCCGAUUCCAGUUGGUUUGUGGAGAAAAUGGGUCUCAGUCGUACGACUCAGUUCGAGAUGGAGUGCAAAGCGCUUAAUGCAAUUCUGCCGCGACUAGGGGAAUACUUGGAUAGCCUGGAUGUUGAACCCUACUGUACAGCUCCAAUGCUGUCUCCGGACAGGUGGGAUGGUAUCAUUGAUGACAGUCCGAGUUUUGCAGGGAAUGCAAAGGUCAAUUUGGAUUUUGGGGAAAAGUUUGCAUCGAAACUUUAG